CUUGGAUUUCUGAACAGUUCUCUCAAUCCCUGCAUUCUCUCGGUGUAUUUAUUCCUGCGGUACUGAGCGAAUUCGAAAUCUGUUCCGUGCGCGCGAUCAAUCUCCUGGCCGAGGCUUAUUCAAUCGAACUCCGGCCAAGCGCUUCCUCCGCUCUCACUAGCACCACAAUUGAAUCGCAACACCCUUAUCUGACACCGUUCUUGAAGCACGGGCUAUUGCAUGCACGAUGUAUCUCUUGUCGCAGGCUCUUGAAUAUGGAGCUCCUUUGUUCCUCAUUACCUCUCCGGUCACCUCCUAUGCCGAUCAGAUUCUCAGCAUCCACCGUAGCAGAAGCUCGGCUGGUUUUUCCAUGGAUAUCCCAUUGAUCAUGCUGGUUGCGUCUAUUCUGAAGGUCUUUUACUGGUUCGGGGCCAAGUACUCUUUUUCGCUACUUGUCCAGGCGGUCUUCACAAUCGGAGUACAGAUUGUUCUGCUGAAAGUGGCGCUCGAUAACCGGCCGUCUCCUGGAUUGAAGAACAGUGUGGAGCACGUCCCAUUCAGCAGCGUGGACAGCGGACAGGGUUUCACGAGACCGUAUGACUUUUGGCAAUGGAGGAGUGCUAAACCUUACUGGAUGUUCCUCGCUUACUUCACCGCCGCCCUUCUCGUCAUUCAAGUCCUUCUUCCGCCACUCGCCUACUCCGAGUCCUACAUUGGUCUGUUGGGAUAUGUUGGUCUCGCCGUGGAGGCGACUCUGCCUUUGCCUCAGGUGAUCAAGAAUCACCAGUCCCGGUCCUGUGUGGGGUUUCGGCUGUCGGUAGUCAUCGCGUGGAUUCUGGGUGAUAUUAUGAAGUUGAGCUACUUUUUCUGUAGCGCCGAGGUGAUUCCCUGGUCGUUCCGGCUCUGCGGUAUGUUCCAGUGCGUGUGUGAUCUGUACCUGGGACUACAAUUUUGGAUGUAUAGUGGAACCUCCUUUGGGGCUGCGGGCAGUCCUUCCCGGGGAGCGAGCGAGGGCUAUGAGGUCGAGGAGAAGGAUAUCCGGAUGACUUGAAGCAUGCCUCUCUUUCGUGUUCAGUGUAUAUAGAUUUAGUCAUGCUGCUGUAGGAACCAGAUCUGGACGUCGGGGAUUUUCGGUCAUAGACCCAGGUAUGGUGACCGAGUAGAUGCCUCUAUAGAUUUCAUGGUUCAAGUUGUCCUUUGUAUUUAUCUUUGUUCUCGAGUGUAAAGUGAAAAUAUCACGAGUGGGAGCAG